AACGGAGGCGCUCGAAUCCGCGAGUCCAGUUGCCAAGUCGGAUGCGACGAGAGAGCUAGCAUGGGAGACUUGUGAAGCCUGAAGUGGCAGCGGCCAGCGACGCAGCGGUAGUGCCAAGCCAGUGAGUGUCUGUCGCGGCGACGACACAGGGACAUGGACGGAGCGCAACUGUGACCUACGUGAAGCAAGGUGUUGAGUGGAUGACACUCCACGGCGAGCUGGCAGGCGGAGGAGGAGGACAGCUGCAUUUCUGCAGCUGAGUAGAGAACGAGACAACCAGAACAGCAGACAGACAGACACAAGACACUUUCCUGUGACAGCCAGAGCCACACCCGAGACAGUGGACCGAUGGUGAAGAUGCCCCAGCGACAGCGGCACAACACAGGCGGGGGCGCCGGCGGGGCCGAGCUGCCCCUGCUGGACCCGGGCGUGAUCGAGGCGCACAACGCGGUCACGACGGCCCGCUGCUGCGUGCCCCUGGCGUGCGGCUGCCUCCGCGGCUACGAGCCCAUCAGCCUCGAGAACCCGACGGGCUGCGUCCGCGUGCAGUGCAACAACGAACAUUGUACAAUAGGAACUCUGAUGCACGGAGAGUGCUUCACCGCCUGGGAGGCCCACGUGCUGGCCUUCCUGCGGUCGUGCGGGCGCGCGCGCUCGUGGUCGGAGAAGCAGCGCCUGCAGAACCUGUGGACGAAGCGCGGCUACGACCUGGCGUACAGGGCGUGCUCGUGCCUGUGCAACCGCGGGCACCUGCGCAAGGACCUGGACUGGACGCCGCCCACCGAUUCGGACGACGAAGCCAAGACCAAGAAGAAGAAGAAGAACCGCCAGAACCAGAAGCCGACCCUGGUCACGGUGGGUUCCGGGACCCUCAACAACAACAACAACAACAACAACAGAAACAACAACAACAGCAGCAGCAACGGCAGCAGUAGCAACAGCAGUAGCUCGACGCCCGGCGGGGGCAGUGCCGGCCAGCCGUGCCAGCGCCACCGUGCCAACUCCAUCUCGUCGACGGGGUCCUCGCCCCCCUCCGACGCGCCCAACAGCCCCCACCACGCGGCCUCCGGGAAGCGCAGAUCCAGAGAUUUCUUCUCCGACAGAAGCAGACAUGGAUCCGGUGGCGGGCUGUUCGCAAGGAGACUAGACUUCAGCAGCUUCAACGCUUUGCCGAGACACAAGAUCAACUCUUAUCACAUCAAGAUGGAGGAUGACGGCCUGCACGGCAACGAUGACACCCGGUGCUUCAUCCUGUCCACGUUAGCAGGUCAGAGGUCAUCCAGAACGGCAUGCGUGUUGUGUCAUCAGUCGCUGCUGGUGUUCGACCGCUACCCGCUGUUGGAUGGCACCUUCUUCCUCACGCCCAUCCAGCACGCCAAAUCGGCCGUACCCGUCCGGGUGGAGGGGCGCCAGCAGUACCUGGCGGCGGUGUGCAUGGGCUGCCUCGAGGGAUGGUCCGUCGCCCUCCACUGCGCCUUCUGCAACGCCAGAUGGAACGGCUCGGCGCUCAUCCUCGGCACCAUGUACUCCUUCGACAUCUUCGCCGCAAUGCCCUGCUGUGAGAAUAGGUUAAAGUGCAGUCGUUGCGAAGCCAUCGUCAUCCCUCCCGACCAGAGACUGAGUUUUUUCAGUGACUACAGCCGGACCCACGCCUGCCCCUCCUGUGGCCACGUCGACCACCACUUCGUGAAGCCCCUGGCGUCGUUCGUGAGGGACGACAGGCAGGCGUGGUAGUGGCUGGCGUCCGCGGGCCUUCCCCCACACCUUCCCCCCCGCCCAGCGCUUCAGGCCCGGACCAGCCUUGGCCGGGGUUAACGCGCCCUUACACUCACGUAACACAUACAUCCCUUUGUUUGGCGUUGUCACCUUCAGAAAAGAGUGUGUAUAGUGAACUUACUUUGUCUCUUGGAAAUGAAAGCAAGGACAGGACCGAAAAAAAUAGCAAAGUGAAAACGGACCGAGAAGGUAAAGGAAGUGGAAGAUAAAUAGAGAAUGCGAGGGAGAGAGAGAGAAAGAUGGAAAAAAAAGAGGAAUGGUAUUUUUUAAAGUAAAUAAUUGAAAUAGAGAAAGGAAAACGUUAAGACAUGGGCUGACUGGAAAGGGUGUGAGUGUAGUCAGUCAUUUUUCUCCCUCCCCCCCCACCCAGCCAAAACCAAUCCACACACACACGCGUACAUUGGUUCUUUGCUGUGUUAAGAAAAGGAAAUCGCGUGUGUGUAUUUUUGCAAGAGAAGGAAGAGGAAAGAUUUUAUUGUCAUCGUCGGCGUUCGAAGAUCUUUGCAGAGAAGAAUAAGAACAAGAAGCUGGGUUUGAUUUUUUCUUUUUUAUUUUCCUAAAACAUUCCAGAUGACGAAUGUGUGAAGACCCUUUCUGUCUGUUACACGAGAGGAAGCAGAGGAUGGCAUUGAUGUGGUCGGUGAGGAAGAAGGAAGAUGGAGGGCGGAAGGAGGCGAAGGAGGAGAAGGAGAAGAGGAAAGAAGAGGAGGUGAAAGAGAGAAGUUUCGAGGGAAAAGAUUUUUUAAAAAGUGUGUCUGGGAGGUGUGAAGUCUCUCUCUCAGGAGGCUUUCAUUACGCUGAAAAAAAAUCCAAAGGACCGUGUUAUUAAAGUCUUUUUUUACGGAAAAUAAAAGACUUGAGAAGGACAGUGAGGUGUUGGCGAACGCAGCGGCACUUCUUCAGGUGUUGCUUGCACGGACGACUUGAUGCUGCCGAAGAAGGGAGAAGGAGAGAGAGAGAGAAAAAGAAAAGGUGUAGAUAAAAACAUUUUAUCUCCUGAUGUGUCUUGUGUUUGGAACUAAGGAUACUUUUGAAGUGUUGUUUGUUUUUAUACAGAACAGAGGAAGAAAUCUUCGAAGAAAACUGAAACAGUCUGCUGCACAACACCAAGGAGGGUGUCCUGGAAUCAAAUUCUAGGCCUGUUUCUAGUGUGAUUGGCUCGGAACGAGAUAGAUGUAAAAAAAUGUACUUAUGUGGACAAUUGGUGUGUUUUUAUACGAGUACAUAUUUUUUUUUUUUAAAGAAGCCCAGAUUUUAAGGUGUCUGCCGGGGAAAAAAUUAAAAAGUAGACAGACUCAAACAAAAAAAAACACUACAAAAAAUACAAAAAAAAAUUACAGGAACCCAUAUGGAACCGGGGAUACUUUGUCUUUGUAAUGUUUAAAAGUCCACCGGAAAGACGUGGACGGAUGUAAAUAAUGAUAGAGAAUAGUCGUAUGCUAUCGUAUGCUAAUUGUGUGAUCUCCUGUGCUGUAUACAACUUUAUUCCAUAAGUCCGAUUUUAAUGUUUCAUCGUAGAGAUAGUCCAUAAAAAAUCCUUGCUGAUAUAGCGCCCGAGACAAACAAACAAACAAAAAUGAUGAACUUACAACCCCGUUUUUUGAAAUUUGUAACGUGGAAAGAAAAAAAAAGAUAAGCAAAACAGACAAACAUAUUUGGAAGAUGAUUUAAACAACAACAAUGAUGAUGAUAGUGUGGAUGAAAAAUUAGAAGUAAAAUGGCGGUGAGAUGAAAGGACGAUGGAGAGUAAAUAGAAGAAAGUGCAAAGAAAAAUCGAAGGAAUAAGUGUAAACAUCGACGAAUGGAGGAAGAGGAGGACGUGGUGAUGACGCGAGGAAGUGAAGGAGAUCAAGGUGAUGCGAGGGAGUGGAGGAGGAGGUGACGAAGCGAGGAACUGGAAGAGAAAUCGGUAAGGAGAGGAAGAGGAGGUCGUGGCGACGAAUGAGGACGUGAUGGGAAAGACGAAGAAAAAUAGGAAGAGGAGAAGUGCGGAAGAAAAUAAAAAAAAAGAGUCAAGCGUUCAGAAAAAAAAAAUCAUUGGCGAUUAAUUCCAUCUUGUAUAAUUGGGAAGGAAAAAUACAGAGAACAACACCGAUGAAAGAGGAGCGAUAAGAGCGGAUGGUGAAGGAAGGGAGAAAGGAGAGAGAGGAGGAGAACGAAGAGAACAAGAAGUGAGAAACGUCGAAGACUUAUCCACAGAGAGAACGCGGUAGAAAGAGGAGGAAGGGAAGAAAAGGGAAGUGAGAAGAACACGAACGAGAGAAUAAGAAAACAGCAAGAAAUGAAAAGAAAAGAAGAAGAAGGGAGAAUAGAGGAAACAAAAACCAACACCCCCUUCCUCCCCCCACCCCCACCCACCCCUCCAGAAAUGGGGGGGGGGGGGCGUCCUCACACCACGAAACCCCCGCUCGAAACCAACGUCCAGACCGACGGAGGAGGAAGAGCGAGAAGAGAAAAUAACGGACGAGAGAGAAACGCGAAGAUCAAGAACUGGAAGAGAAAGAGAGAAGAGGAAGAAAAGAGAAGAUCGUGUCAGCGACCGUGGGAGUGAAUCCAACCGGCAAGAAAGAAGAGAAGAGAAGUGAGAACGAGAAAGAAAGAAAAAAAAUAAAUAGAAAGAAGAAAUCAAGCCAAGAAAGAAGACCGAAGAGAAGAAGAAGAAGGACGGAAGAAGAAGGACGAAGGAAGGAGGACCUGGUUUUCAUCACGAACCACCCCCCUCCCCCCUUCCCCACCCCACCCCCCUACUCUGAACCUCCCUCGAGAAACCUUUCCUCGGCCAAGCUCGUCAGGCGACAGAAGAAGGAGUAGCGUCUCCUCCUCCUUCAAACGCGGGAGAGGAAGAGAGGAAUCUGAAUGCCUGUAAGUUAGUUCAAUGUGCACUCUUUUCUCUAUUUCUGUGUAAAAAUUUUGGCCCCCCAGGUGGAAACCGAAACAACAGCAGCAUUAUUAAGAGAGAGAGAUUUUUUGUCCCACCCACCCACCCCUUUAAAAAAAAAUGGAAUUAUAUAUAUACAAUUAUAUUAUUAAUGAUUACUGAUGCUUCCACUUUUCACGGUGGUUUUAUUGCUUAUGAUGUAGGGAUGAUCAUGGUUUCAACAAGAUGAUGAGACAUAGGAAAACAACUUUUUAAAUCUCUCCGUAUUGAAUGUGUAAGGUACAUUUUAUAUAUGUAGCUUCAAUUUGUACCGUGAGAAUGAUUCUGAUCUUUGCCGCUUUCCGUCUGCUGGCCAGUGUGACAUAGUGAGAGAAACAACAAAAAAAGUGAAAAAUUUCUCCAAUUUUACCAAAUUUAAAGCUGCGAAAGAAACUAGAUGUUCGAAUUACUAAUUUUAUUUUUUUGUCCAACAAAAGUCAUUGCAAAAUCUAACCUUGUUUCUUUUACAAUAAUCUCAAGCAUUUAAAGGCAACUUUGAAUUUUCGAAUUAAACAUAGACAAGAGAUCAAACACCCUUAUUAUUUUUAUCAAAAGGAUGAACUUUAAAAGAAAUACGAAAAAGAAAUGUCACUGCGAAAGGCCAAGUGUCAGAAACAUUCACACUUUUGCUUCCGUUGUGCGCGAGGAAUCUGAGAUUAGGCUUAGGAAGUCCAGGAAAAGCAAAUUAAAACUCUUUAAUAUUUUUCCUAAAAGAAGUCACAAGUUCAAAAAAGUCUUUCGGAGAACAAAAAAAAAAAAAGUUAACAUAAAAAAAACGUCAGAUCAGAUUCUUUACAAUAUAAUGUUGGGAGAAAGAUUGCGGUAGCUUCGGCAGAGAAAUGUGGAAGGUGUCAUUGUUGUCUUAACUUUUGACCUUUUUGAUGGAAGAUACAUUUAAAAAAAAUCAUUAUUGAGAAAAAUCCCGUCGUUGGAACAAGCAAGAUUAAAGCUAUCGAAUUUAAGAAAAACGGAAAAAGUGUUAUUGAGAGGAAAAGUUGAUGAGUUUUUUUCCAAGUCCGUCGAUACUAACACCCGAUUGUUAAGUCAAAAAUUAAAUCCAUUUUAUAGCAAUUAACGUCAGUCCAGAAGAGAACGGACUCCACGACGUCGGAACUUUUUUUUUUUACUUUUUAAAACUUCCAGUUCAACCAAAAACUACUUUGCUGAGUGUGUGUGUAUGCUUUGAGAUGAUUGCUCAUUGUAAACCCACACCAUCAAACCUCAUUUUGGACUUUCACAAUUUUUCCGAAAAUCUCAUUUCGUUGUUCAACAGAGAGUGUGAAAGGUUUUUGAAAAAGUCUCCAUUCAGAUUGGAAAAUACAAAUAGUUCAUUGAAAAAAAAGCGAAAUGUAUUGACUACAGAUGACAUCAACGACCUGCCAACCCCACCCCCUUUCCUUGACCCCCCCCCCUCCUAUACUAGAGCUAUGACCUGACUUCUUCGGCUUGACCUCAGCUAUAUUAUGUGCAUUGCUAGGCUAUAAGCUAUAUGGGACCUGAUAUUUUGACCAAUACUACCAUCGACUCUGCGGUAUGCAUUGGGCACGUGCUGGACCUUAUCAUAGGUGGAUCUGUAAACGUUUUAAGGCGGUUUUCGGAUCCGUAAACGUACGUUUUGAGACGAAUUUUGGAUCUGCAAACGUUUUGAGACAAGUUUCGGAUCCGUAAACGUUUUAGGACGAAUUUCUCUGGAUUUAGGAAUCGAUGGGUAACUUUUUUUUCCUUCGUUUGGUAACCUUUGCUCAUGGAUUCUGUGGUGAGAUUGAAAUAAUACGUGUUUAAAGUUGUAUCUUUCAAGUAUAGAAUAUUAAGAUAUUGACUGGUAAAAUCUGGAAUUAUUAUUGCAUUGUUUCCGUAUUCAAAACAGUAACAAAACUCAAGAGUGGACAGUACAUUACAGCAUCACAUAAAUAGUUCUGGUAGUCUUUCUUGACAUAGAAAUCACGACAUGAGCAAUGGUUUCGACAACGCCAGCGACUAAAGUGGGCUUCAUACAAAUGGCCUCCGAUUCAGGAAAGAAAUUAGCCAGAAAGGUUUUUUCUCUAUGUAGCUUUAUACCGUGUUGAUGAGAGAAUCAAAGGACAUUUUUUAAAGAGAAGUGAAAUGCAAAUGAAUCGUAAUUUUAUUAUUAUUAUUAUUAUGAACUGUGUGUAUAUUCAGCGUUUUGAAAGGCUAGAAUCACCCGGAAGAAGGUUGAGCCUAGAGAAAGGGGAAGCAAAUAGGACGGUCUUGAAGUGAGAGCCAAUGGAACUUCAGCUUAAUUUGAUUAGUAAUUUUGAAUAGACAAAAACAGAUUUUCAAUAAACCCUUCAACUUUAUAGGAUCUAAGUCUUAAGAACACGUCGGAGGUAAGGGUUGAAGUAAAAAAAAAUAAUAAUGAAAAUAUUUUUUUCAUUCAUGUUGGGUACCUUCGGGAACCAAGAUUUAUACCAGACAAGACCACAAGACAGGCCUCCUAACACUUUGCUUCCUCUCUUUCUAAGACCAUGUACACUCACCCACAGUGUUUUUUGCCUCACGGAGUAUAAGGACGGGGCUUGUAUUCAACCCUGGGAGGAUUCUCGAGCGACUGGGCGGAACGGGAGGACGAGGAGGGGAGAGGUGUUCAGUCGAGGGCUUCUUAAUACCCACGAGGAGGACUUUCUGUUUCUACUUCCCCCUCCUCCUCUCCUUUAAAAGAAAUCUUAAAGAGGAUAGUAGAGUAAAGGAAAAUCUUGUUUAUUUUGGUUCAUAAGUCAGUUCCAUCUGCCCUGUCCCUCCCACUCCCCCUUUCGUAACAGGAUUUCUCCCACAAGCUUCAUGGUUUUCAAGAAUAAAAUUUGAAUCAACAACCACCACCACAACAAGCUACAUCUUUGGCUCAAAUUUCUUGGUUGUACAUAGUAGACUUGUAGGCCUAUUCGUAAGUUAGGAUCAAGAUAUAAGGAACUCAAUAGUAAUAAAGGUUCAAUUACAGUGCAUCAUGUUUUGUUCGCUUGCUACUUUUGAUCAGUUAGUGGAAUGGAACCCAAUUUUCUUCGAAUUAGAAUGUGCCUUGACAUGGAUUAAAAAAAGUAAAAACCAAAUAAAAAAAUGGAUCGAUAGAUAUGUGUUGCUUCUUAUUUCAAAUUGGCAUGAUUUGUAAUUAUUAUGAUUAUGGGAAAUAAAUUUACUUUUGUACCCUAAUUGGCUCUCGUCUUUUUUCAAAUUCCAUUUUCUCUCGGUUUAUGCUGAGGACUGGCCAGGUCUGUCUGAGAGAUUGACUUGGUCCGCCUUGGUGUCCAAAAAUAACAAAGAAAAAACUGAAACACGUCAUACACACACAAAUUGACAUGAAAUUCUCUCUUGUUAGAAGGAAUAGUAACAACAACAACAGAAGGAAUUGAUUUCACAGAAUCAUAGACUUGAAUGUUGGUUGAAAAGCGAGAAUCAGACUGAAGUUCAGUAUCAUAUGGAUUCAGAGAUGUGAAAGUUGAUUGAAAAGAUAAGGAUACAUUGACCUCAAAGUUGCUUUAACACACGGAUUCCUAGACUUGACUCGUGUAAGCAUUAAUCAUGACUUAAAUAACCAAAUUCUCAAGUGACAAAAUUCAAUAAAGAAACAGAACCAGUGUUCUCUUACCCCGGCUAGAACAUGAGUAAGUUGGUGGACGCUGAGAGACAAAAUUUCUUCGGGUCGGUAAGUAAAAGGGUAAUGAGAUUAAAAAAAAAAAAAAUGAAGAUCAUUUUGGAAUCAAAAUGAGAGAAAGAGAGAAAAGAAAGAGAAAAUAAUGUAAAUAAAGAUUGGAUAAUCAAGAACAGCAAUCUUCCACGUUGAUGAACGAGCCCUGAGAGGUUCCUUCUACACACGGAAGAUAAAAAAAAAGAAAAGA